CUAGAUCACGUGUCGCGGGGUCCCGGAGCGGAACAUACGACGGGCGAAGCGGAAUCGCCUAUCUAGUAGCUAAGCUAAUUCUAUCAUACACAUUGGCAACACUCCCGCGCGGGAGCUCACAUGGGAAUUGGGCCGCAGGAGCGGAAGUAUAUGGUUGAUGGGAGGUGUGAAGGGAGAGGAGGGAGAGGGUGUGUGAGGAAGGGGUUUUUGGUUAAUGUGCGGGGCAAAUUUUGAGGUAGAAGAUCUCAUCAACCUGUCUCUGCCCCCAUGGGUGGGGGGAUGCCUUGCGGCCUUUUCGGCAGUAGUAGAAGUGGUGGGGGGACUUUGGGCCUCCACACAAGCAUUCUAUCUUCGCGUGUUCAUGCCCAAAUCGCUCAUGGCACUGGGCAAAGUCUUCAUGGCCUGCCCGGGCAGCAAUAAGUCAACCGAGGGUGGCUCUGGGGAGGGACAAUUCAUGGGGUCGUUUAUCCAGGACGAUGGAGAGGUCCUGAUAUUGUUGUGGUGCGUUUUCAGCCCAGAAGGACACAAAACGCUGCCAGAAAUUCUCCUUCAAGGUCGGGCGAGCCCAGGCAUAUCUUGUGGGAGGGGGAUGGCUCUAUGGGAUAGACCAAGCUCAUUUCUUUGCUUGUUCGUCUGCCGUUUCAUUCCCUGCAAUGCCAGCAUGUCCAGGAAUCCAGCAAACAUGCACUUGUCUGGGUGGGAUGGCCUGGCAUCGGAAGGGUCGGUUGGGCCAGGCCUUUGCGGCUUCUUGAAAGGCCAGGAUGGUGCUUUGGCUGGAGCCUCUGGGGCAGCCCUGUAGCUGUCAUGCCGCUUCCUGGUUAUCAAGGAGGAUGUAUAAGUUCUGUGUGAAGGGGGCUUGGGCACUAUUGAUGGUGGCCUCUAGCCCUUCACCAGCUGCAGUGGCCUCUGUGUUGAAGACCUCAUGUUGUGGGAGGGAGAGAUGGCCCUGUACAGACUCUAGCUUCUGUGCACCCCAGUAUCCAUACCAACCUGCACCAGCCAUAGUGGCUGAGUUGUUCAAGCGGCUGCCGUCAGUGAACAGGAACAUGGAGAGCGGAG